GCCUACUGGUAAUUUGUACCCAAAGUCACCUCAGGGACCCCUUAUUCCUGAGAAAAGAAAGAAAAAGAAUUUCAUGAAAAAAGAAAAUAUUUUAACCACAACCAAAGGUGUCACAAAAUAGAUGCAUUAGCCAACACCCGAGAGAGGCACACGGCAGAGGAGCGCCACUGCACAUUUGUAUGGACCAGUUCUGCAGCACCUGUGAGAAUAGACCCAGAGUAAAUGCCGUCUGCCCACUACUGUACCAGAGCCUGUUCGGAGGGAAUUACUUGUAGCAGUGCCAACACAGUGAGAGGGCCCGGUCGCCCAGUGGCCACGCCGCCCCGAUGGAGCCGCUGAACAUGUCCUCGUACGAAGACGACCUGGAGAGCCAGAACUGGACCCGGCCCUUCAACGGGUCCGAGGGCAAGGCUGACAGGCCCCACUACAACUACUACGCCAUGCUGCUCACCCUGCUCAUCUUCGUCAUCGUCUUCGGCAACGUGCUGGUGUGCAUGGCCGUGUCCCGCGAGAAGGCGCUGCAGACCACCACCAACUACCUGAUCGUCAGCCUGGCCGUGGCCGACCUCCUCGUCGCCACGCUGGUCAUGCCCUGGGUCGUCUACCUGGAGGUGGUGGGCGAGUGGAAGUUCACCAGGGUUCACUGUGACAUCUUUGUCACCCUGGACGUCAUGAUGUGCACGGCCAGCAUCCUCAACCUGUGUGCCAUCAGCAUCGACAGGUACACGGCAGUGGCCAUGCCCAUGCUCUACAACACGCGCUACAGCUCCAAGCGCCGGGUCACCGUCAUGAUCGCCAUCGUCUGGGUCCUGUCCUUCACCAUCUCCUGCCCGCUGCUCUUCGGACUGAACAACACAGCCCAGAACGAGUGCAUCAUCGCCAACCCGGCCUUCGUGGUCUACUCCUCCAUCGUCUCCUUCUACGUGCCCUUCAUCGUCACCCUGCUGGUCUACAUCAAGAUCUACAUGGUCCUGCGCAAGCGCCGCAAGCGGGUCAACACCAAGCGCAGCAGCCGUGCGUUCAGGGCCAACCUGAAGGCUCCACUCAAGGGCAACUGCACCCACCCUGAGGACAUGAAACUCUGCGCCGUUAUCAUGAAGUCUAAUGGGAGUUUCCCAGUGAACAGGCGGAGAGCGGAGGCUGCCCGCCGAGCCCAGGAGCUGGAGCUGGAGAUGUUGUCCAGCACCAGCCCGCCCGAGAGGACCCGGUACAGCCCCAUCCCGCCCAGCCACCACCAGCUGACCCUCCCCGACCCGUCCCACCACGGCCUCCACAGCACUCCCGACAGCCCCGCCAAGCCAGAGAAGAAUGGGCAUGCCAGAGACCACGCCAGGAUUGCCAAGUUCUUUGAGAUCCAGACCCUGCCCAAUGGUAAAACCCGGACCUCGCUGAAGUCCCUGAGCCGCAGGAAGCUCUCCCAGCAGAAGGAGAAGAAAGCCACCCAGAUGCUCGCCAUUGUCCUUGGCGUGUUCAUCAUCUGCUGGCUGCCCUUCUUCAUCACCCACAUCCUGAACAUACACUGUGACUGCAACAUCCCGCCCGUCCUGUACAGCGCCUUCACGUGGCUGGGCUACGUCAACAGCGCUGUGAACCCCAUCAUCUACACCACCUUCAACAUCGAGUUCCGCAAGGCCUUCCUGAAGAUCCUCCACUGCUGACCCUGCUGCCCACCUGCACAGCAGCCUGCUCCCACCUCCCUGCCCAGGCAGGCCUGGCCACGACCCCUGGAAGCCACGGGCAGGAGGGUAUGGGGUAGACUCAGUCUUCUCCUCGGCCCCGCAGGCCCUGCAGUGUUAGCUUGGCGCCAUGCCCCUCACUGCCUGCACAGCCCCUCUUGGCCAGGGGCGUGCGAGAGAGCUGGGCACCGUGCCAGCCCUCGGGCUGUAUCCCCUGGUUUGAGGGAAGCUCACAGGGCCCCCUCUCACCCUCCAGACUCCCUCUCCUUGGCACCAAAGAUGCAGCGGCCUUCCUUGAGCUGGCUCUGGGGUGGCGGGGGUCAAGUCGGCGCUCAGAGGUCAGGCUCUCUGUUGGACUUGGGCUGAUCUUCACAGUGUUGUGCUGGA